CAGACAGAAAGGAAGAUCCAUGGAUUGUGGGUAAUUUAAGUACCGCGAGACAUUUCUGUGACGUGAUAAACAAUCGACGGCAGUGGAGAUUUUGAACGGGAUGUGCACCUUUCUAUUUUCAUAAAUCAUACUUUUCAACAAUGUAUUAGGAGGGGUUUGUUUACAUUCCUGAAUACAAUGGCCAAUCAAAGAGCGCUCCCUCAAAGCAAGGAGAGUCUUCUUCAGAACUACAACAAAAGACUGAAGGAUGAUAUCAGGUCCAUUCUAGAUAACCUCACGGAAAUCAUAAAAACUGCAAAGGUAGAGGACGAGACACAGGUCUCUCGGGCUACACAGGCUGAGCAGGACCACUAUGAGAUGCACGUCAGAGCAGCCAACAUUGUGCGUGCGGGCGAGUCCCUGAUGAAGCUAGUGUCGGACCUGAAACAGUUCCUGAUCCUCAACGACUUCCCUUCGGUCAACGAGGCCAUCAGCCUGCAGAACCAGCAGCUGCGCUCGCUGCAGGAAGAGUGUGACAAGAAGCUCACCUCGCUCCGUGACGAGAUCGCCAUCGACCUGUACGAGCUAGAGGAAGAAUAUUACUCCUCCAGGUACAAGUAGGCUCAUACUGCACAGUCAAGGUUCGGUUGAUCCACUCUAUCUUGACUUAUAGCCCCUAGUCCCCCUCACCGUCGUGCCUUAUGAAGGGUUUAUCUUACCCCACCACCUCAGUCAUCGCCAUUAGUCCUUUAGUGUCUCUGUGUAUUGCAUCAACUUCAAUAGAAUAUCCAAAUGCUGGUUUUAACAGCAAAAUAGAUGGUUGAUCUAUGGGCAAAGUUAUUUUGCAGUACAUUCACCAUGAUGAAUCUAAUCUCAUUUGGUUGAAAAUUAAAUUAUGUGCCUUGUUUGUAAUGCCUCUGGAAGUUUUUUUUUUUAUAUUUCCGUCAUGUAUGAUAGAUUGUAGGUCUCAACAUGGUAAAUGUUAUACCCAAUCAUAAGUGUGGUCCUAGUGUACACUAUAUAUACAAAAGUAUGUGGACACCCCUUCAAAUUUGUGGUUUCUGCUAUUUCAGCCUCACUUGUUGCUGACAGGUUUAUAAAAUCGAGCACACCGCCAUGCAUUCUCCAUAGACAAACAUUGGCAGUAGAAUGGCCUUACUCGAGCUCAGUGACUUUCAAAAUGGCACCGCCAUAGGAUUCCAACUUUUUGUUAGUUCAUUAAAUUUCUGCGCUAUUAGAGCUGCUCCCUGCCAACUGUAAGUGCUGUUAUUGUGAAGUGGAAACGUCUAGGAUCAACAACGGCUCAGCCGCAAAGUGGUAGCCACACAUGCUCACAGAACGGGACCGCAGAAUGAUGAAGUGCGUAGAGCGUCUGUCCUCAUUUGCAACACUCACUACCAAGUUCCAAACUGCCUCUGGAAGCAAUGUCAGCUUUCCAUGGCCGAGCAGCCGCACACAAGCCUAAGAUCACCAUGCGCGAUGCCAAGCGCCGGCAGGAGUGCUGUAAAGUUUGCCGCCAUUGGAGUCUGGAGCAUUGGAAAUGCGUUCUCUGGAGUGAUGAAUCAUGCUUCACCAUUCAUCAGUCCGAUGAAUGAAUCUGGGUUUGGUGGAUGACAGGAGAACGCUACAUGCCCGAAUGCAUAGUGCCAACUGUAAAGUUUGGUUGAGGAGGAAUACUUGUCUGGGGCUGUUUUUCAUGGUUUGGGCUAGGCCCCUUAGUUCCAGUGGAGGGAAAUCUCAAUGCUACAGCAUAUAAUGACAUUCUAGACAAUUCUGUGCUUCCAACUUUGUGGUAACAGUUUGGGGAAGGCCCUUUCCUGUUUCAGCAUCUCAAAGCACCCGUGCACAAAGCGAGGUCCAUACAGAAAUGGUUUCUUGAGAUCGGUGUGGAAGAACUUGACUGGCCUGCACAAAGCCCUGACCUCAACGCAAUCGAACCCCUUUGUGAUGAAUUGGAACACUGACUGCAAGUCAGGCCCAACAUCAGUGCCCGACUUCAGUAAUGCUCUUGUGGCUGAAUGGAAGUAAGUCCCCGCAGCAAUGUUCCAACAUCUAGUGGAAAACCUCCCAGAAGAGUGGAAACUGUUAUAGCAGCAAAGGGCGGACCAACUCCAUAUUAAGGCCCGUGAUUUUGGAAUGAGAUGUUCAACGAGCAGGUGUCCACUUACUGUUGGUCAUGUAGUGUAUCUAGUUGCUAUAUUCUUCCUCAGUUGUUUGUAAUAGGCUGAUGAUUGAGAGAACAUACAGUUGAAGUCGGAAGUUUACAUACACUUAGGUUGAAGUAAUUAAAACUAAUUUUUCAACCACUCCACAACCACUUUCUUGUUGACAAACUAUAGGUUUGGCAAGUUGGUUCGGACAUCUACUUUGUGCAUGACACAAGUAAUUUUUCCAACAAUUGUUUACAGACAGAUUAUUUCACUUAUAAUUCACUGUAUCACAAUUCCAGCGGGUCAGAGGUUUACCUACACUAAGUUGACUGUGCCUUUAAACAGCUUGGAAAAUUCCAGAAAAUUGACAUCAUUUGAGUCAAUUGGAGGUGUACCUGUGGAUGUAUUUCAAGGCCUACCUUCAAACUCAGUGCCUCUUUGCUUGACAUCAUGGGAAUAUCAAAAGAAAUCAGCCAAGACCUCAGAAAGAAAAUGGUAGACCUCCACAAGUCUGGUUCAGACUUGGGAGCAAUUUCCAAACGCCUGAAGGUACCACGUUCAUCUGUACAAACAAUAGCACGCAAGUAUAAACACCAUGGGAACAUGCAGCCGUCAUACCGCUCAGGAAGGAGUUCUGUCUCCUAGAGAUGAACGUACUUUGUUGCGAAAUGUGCAAAUCAAUCCCAUAACAACAGCAAAGGACCUUGUGAAGAUGCUAGAGGAAACUGGUACAAAAGUAUCUAUAUCCACAGUAAAAAGAGUCCUAUAUCGACAUAACCUGAAAGGCCACUCAGCAAGGAAGAAACCACUGCUCCAAAACCGCCAUAAAAAAGCCACACUAUGGUUUGCAACUGCACAUGGGGACAAAGAUUGUACUUUUUGGAGAAAUGUCCUCUUGUCUAAUGAAACAAAAAUAGAAUUGUUUAGCCAUAAUGACCAUUGUUAUGUCUGGAGGAAAAAGGGGGAGGCUUGCAAGCCGAAGAACACCAUCCCAACCGUGAAGCACGGGGGUGGCAGCAUCAUGUUGUGGGGGUGCUUUGCUGCAGGAGGCACUGGUGCACUUCACAAAAUAGAUGGCAUCAUGAGGAAGGAAAUUGUGUGGAUAUUUUGAAGCAACAUCUCAAGACAUCAGUCACAAAGUUAAAUCUUGGUUGCAAAUGGGUCUUCCAAAUGGACAUUGACCCCACGCAUACUUCCAAAGUUGUGGAAAAAUGGCUUAAGGACAACAAAGUCAAGGUAUUGGAGUGGCCAUCACAAAGCCCUGACCUCAAUCCUAUAGAAAAUUUGUGGGUAGAACUGAAAAGGCAAGGAUGCCUACAAUUCUACGCAGUUACACUAGCUCUGUCAGGAGGAAUGGGCCAAAAUUCACCCAACUUAUUGUGGGAAGCUUGUGGAAGGCUACCCAAAACGUUCACCUAAGUUAAGCAAUUUAAAGGCAAUGCUACCAAAUACUAAUUGAGUGUAAGUAUAUGUAAACUUCUGACCCACUGGGAAUGUGAUGAAAGAAAUAAAAGCUGAAAGAAAUUAUUCUCUCUAUUAUUCUGAAAUUCACAUUCUUAAAAUAAAGUGGUGAUCCUAACUAGAGAUCGACCGAUUAAUCGGAAUGGCCGAAUUUCAAGUUUUCAUAACAAUCGGUCAUCUGCCUUUUUGGACACUGAUCAUGGCCGAUUAUAUUGCACUCCACGAGGAGACUGCGUGACAGGCUGACUACCUGUUAUGCGAGUGCAGCAAGGAGCCAAGGUAAGGUGCUAGAUAUCAUUAAAUGUAUCUUAUGAAAACAAUCAAUCUUAACAAUCACUACACAGGUUGAUGAUAUUACUAGUUUAUCUAGCUUGUAGGGUCAGGGUUAGGGUUAACCCUAACCCUAACCCUAACCCUGCGUUGAGUAUAAUCGAUGCGGUGCCUGUUAAUUUAUCAUUAAAUCAUAGCCUACUUCGCCAAACUAGUGAUGAUUUAACAAGUGCAUUCGUGAAAAAAAGGCACUGUCGUUGCACCAAUGUGUACCUAACCAUAAACAUCAACGCCUUUCUUUAAAAUCAAUACACAAGUAUAUAUUUUUAAACCUGCAUAUUUAGUGAAUAUUGCCUGCUAAACAUUUAAUUUAUUUUAACUAGGGAAAUUGUGUCACUUAUCUUCUGUUCUGUGCAACAGAGUCAGGGUAUAUGCAGCAGUUUGGGCCGCCUGGCUCGUUGCGAACUGUGUGAAGACCAUUUCUUCCUAACAAAAACAGCCAACUUCGCCAAAUGGGGGAUGAUUUAACAAAAGCUCAUUUACGACUGGGAGGUCCAUGGGGCAACGCACAAUUGACCUAGCAUCGUCGGGGUUAGGGAGGGUUUGGCCGGUAGGGAUAUCCUUGUCUCAUCGCGCACUAGCGACUCCUGUGGCGGGCCGGGCGCAGUGCGCGCUAACCAGGUCGCCAGGUGCAAGGUGUUUCUUCCGACACAUUGGUGUGGCUGGCUUCCGGGUUGGAUGCGCGCUGUGUUAAGAAGCAGUGCGGUUGGGUUGUGUAUCAGAGGACGCAUGACGUUCAACCUUCGUCUCUCUAGAGCCAGUACGGGAGUUGUAGCGAUGAGACAAGAUAGUAACUACUAACAAUUGUAUACCACGAAAUUGGGGAGAUAAGGGGGUUAAAAUAAAAUUAAAUGUACCUAACCAUAAACAUCAAUGCCUUUCUUAAAAUCAAUACACAGAGGUAUAUUUUUUUUAAACCUGCAUAUUUCAUUAAAAUAAAUCCACGUUAGCAGGCAAUAUUAAACUAGGGAAAUUGUGCCAUUUCUCUUGCGUUCAUUGCACGCAGAGUCAGGGUAGGGUAUAUGCAACAGUUUUGGCCGCCUGGCUCGUUGCGAACUAAUUUGCCAGAAUUUUGCGUAAUUAUGACAUAACAUGGAAUGUUGUGCAAUGUUACAGGAAUAUUUAGACCUAUGGAUGCCACCCAUUAGAUAAAAUACGGAACGGUUCCGUAUUUCACUGAAAGAAUAAACGUUUUGUUUUCUAAGUUAUAGUUUCCGGAUUUGACCAUAUUAAUGACCUACGGCUCGUAUUUCUGUGUGAUAUUAUGUUAUAAUUAGGUCUAUGACUUGAUAUUUGAUAGAGCAGUCUGACUGAGCGGUGGUAGGCAGCAGCAGGCUCGUAAGCAUUCAUUCAAACAGCACUUUCGUGUGCUUGCCAGCAGCUCUUCGCUGUGCUUCAAGCAUUGCGCUGUUUAACUCCCGAGAUUAGGCUGUUGUAACUGAUGUGAAAUGGCUAGCUAGUUAGCGGGGUGCUCGGUAAUAGCAUUUAAAUCGGUGACGAUACUCUCUGAGACCUUGAAGUAGUUGUUUCCCUUGCUCUGCAAGGGCGGUGGCUUUUGUGGAGCGAAAAAGAAAGAAAAAAAGCUUCGAGGGUUACUAUUCUCGAUGUGUUCCUGGGGCGAGGAGAGGGACGGAAGCUAUACUGUUACACUGGCAAUACUAAAGUGCCUAUAAGAACAUCCAAUAGUCAAAGGUAUAUGAAAUACAAAUGGUAUAGAGAGAAAUAGUCCUAUAAUUCCUAUAAUAACUACAACCUAAAACUUCUUACCUGGGAAUAUUGAAGACUCAUGUUAAAAGGAACCACCAGCUUUCAUACGUAAACGUUAGCUUUCUUACAUGGCACAUUCUUACUCUCUUCUCCAACACUUUGUUUUUGCAUUAUUUAAACCAAAUUGAACAUGUUUCAUUAUUUAUUUGAGGCUAAAUUUAUUUUAUUGAUGUAUUAUAUUUAGUUAAAAUAAGUGUCCAUUCAGUAUUGUUGUAAUUGUCAUUAUUACGAAUAAAUAGAAAAUAAAAAUCAGCCGAUUAAUCGUUAUCUGCUUUUUUUGGUCCUCCAAUUAUCGAUUUCCAUAAUCGGUCGACCUCAAAUCCUAACUGACCUAAAAUAGGGAAUUUUUACUAGGAUUAAAUGUCAGGAAUUGUGAAAAACUGAGUUGAAAUGUAUUUGGCUAAGGUGUAUGCAAACUUUCGACUUCAACUGUAUACCGUUUAUAGGUAUCUAGUUAACACAUUCUUAAGCUUUACAGUCAGUAUUUGUGGACUGGUGAGUGGGUGUAGUUGUGUGCUGAAAUGUGGAUAAGAUCCUUUAGUAAACUAUUCAAUCAUGUAAUUGAAAGAUUUGUGUUAACUCAGAGCAAACGGCUCAGGAAGGGAAAUGUAAGAAAAAACAUGUUUUAAAAAUGCUUUCAUUGCAAAAUACUUGGAAUCUAAUGAAGAAGGAAAAACUAUGCUUUAAUUACAAAAUCACUGUAAGAUCAUUUCUACAAGCAAAAGUAUUAUGCAUUUAUAACCCUAAUUAUAAAUUGUGAACAUAUAGGUCCAUUAACCAACACACAGGCAUUUGUGUUAUUUAUUUUCUAUUGAAUGGUUUUAUACUGGAAAGUGCUAGACAAAUCUAAUCUCUAUGAGGGUUCCAGAAACUUUGCAUUGAACAGAAUCCAGUGUUGUAUCUGACAAUUGACCAAGCCAGUAACCGUGCAAACUGUGUUCACAAAGCAUGCACACACAUCAACUAUGGCAAUAUGUAUUUAGUCUGUGUCCGUCACCUGCAUAGACCAAUGAUGUAUAUAAACCCUGGAUUGCUGAUGCAAUCUAUUGACCAUUGAGAGGCUUUGAAGCCACCGGUCGGCCAUAUUUGCACUGCCCAGUAGGAGCAGUCCUCCAUAGGAAUGAAUGGAAUUCUACAGUGUUUAAAUUACAUUUUCAAGGACAAAAUCGCAUGUAUUUAAGUGUUUUUGUUGUUGUAGUUGCGACAGUAACAUUAGUAAUCUCCCAAAAUUAUACUUUGUAAGUAAAAAAAUAGCUCACAAUAUAAUGUAAAAAUAUGCAUUAAGGUAUCUGUAAUAGAAUAAAUGUGGCAAAAACAAAUGUAGACAUUAAUAAAUGCAUUUAUUUAUAUUCCAUUUUUUACACUGGUGGGGGGGGGGCAUGUCAAGAUGGCGGCACGGUGGCUUCAACACAGCGCCCUCUAUUGGUCAUAUAGUGUGUGUGUGUGUGUGUAUGUAUAUAUAUAUAUAUAUCAUUGGCAUAGUAUUUUAUCUUUAUAAACACUGAAAAAUAAACUAGAGACAAAACAA